CAGGCCUUAACACCCAAACAAAAUAGAAAGUUAAUAUAAUGCAUGAAUUUUCUCAUCAGGGUGGAGGGCCAGAACUUCCAAAGAAUGGUGAAGAAUGGCAUGAAAUCAGGAGAGGCCAACUAGAAAAUCUGAAGCAUAUCUCAAAAGAAAUGAACUCACUAUUAAAGCUAAUGAUUAACCCUUUGGCUAAAGACCGACCAUCUGCCACAGCCCUGACACAACACCCAGUUCUUUGUCCUCUUGCAGCAAAAUCCAAGGCCCAACUCAGGAAGGAACUGAAUGCUGAAAAAUUUAAAAAUGAAGUCCUAUCAAGGUACAGUGAAUUUCAAGUGUUAAAAUGAAGAUACAAUGAAUGACCCUGUUGUAACACGCCAGGUGUUAAAAUAUAUGAAAAGCAACCUUUAACA